AUGACUCCACCUGCAGAAACGCAUACUGAUCCUUCUCGCGCCACUCCGCCCGACGCUGACGUGUCGAUGCUCACGCCGCAGGACUGUCAGUGCGGCAACGCGCACGAAGACGAGACGAUAGGGCCUGACGAUGAUACAGAGGAACGGAAGGAACAGCCAGCACUGUCGUUGGCAUAUCAAAUAUGGCAGCCCUGGCGACUUGUUGUCAUGAAUCCCGUGCCAGUGCUACUGGCAUUUGUUGCUAUGAACACUGUCUUUGUGACUCUUGGAGGGCUGAUACGCUUCUUGGCGCACUUGUUGACUCUCCCUGGUCUGCUCGUGGCACUGCUGCUAGGCACGGUACUUGCCGUUCGACGAGUAGCAUUGCUGAUGACUUACCCUGGCCAACUGAAGCUCGUGAUUCGAGAAGGCGAAGCGACUUUCGCUCGGCUGACCAAACAACGUCUUCAGGUUUUCACUGAGGCAGCGUUGGAGCUCGUGGCAGUGCUGGACCCUCUCAGCAGCAAUAGACCAACAAGACUGCGCUUUUUGCAGGUCCAUCAGAGCUUUACGUUUGCUUUGGAAACGAUGGCAUUGCCAGUGAUGGAGUCGCUGGAGAUCGUGGAACGCGAUGGACAGCUGGGUUUGAAUGGGGAAACCUUGCUGAGCGCUCUACAGGAUAUUGUUACGCUGAACUCGCAGAGGCUGUCCGAGCCCUGUUCAAAGCUGUGCUCAGCAUCGGAAAAGACGUUUGAGCUGCAGAGGUGUAAGAUGUUCACCGAGCAGAAAGUGGCUGAGUCACUGUCGGUGGAGGCUUUGGAGAAAUCCCCGAGCAAGCUGUUUGGAGACGUCCCCAACACUGUGCGGCAACAGUCAACGAUCAUCGACUUAGCAUCACAGGUAGUAGAAACAGCUGUACAGUCCACAUGUGCCGAAGCUGUCAACCCACUAGUGGCGUUUGCGACGGCAGUACGACGACUACAGACGGCGAUAACGCUGAUCGGUAGGCUAAAGACAGAUGCGCCAGCUGCCAGCAGAAAUGUGGCUUGGAUAGCAAGAGAGCUGUGCCGUGGAUCAUCUCCAGAGGUCGACUGUAUUGCUACGCUCGAACUGCUUCGUGCUGAUAUGAUCGUGCGCUUCAAAGCAGAGCAGAUGUGGAUUCCAGGUCACCAAGGUCAUCAGAUCGAUGCAAUGUUGAUGCCGCCCGCAUCAAGGGGUCGUGAUGCUGUUGCCCGCCCUGUUGUCAUGCUAUGCAACCCAAACGGCGGUUUGUACGAGUUCCACCACUUACAUAUGGACUGGAUCAGGUUCUACACUGCGCACUUAGACUGCCAUGUUCUCGUGUACAACUACCGCGGGUACGGGCGCUGCAAGGGUUCGCCGUCUCCUGCGAUGCAUAACUUUGACGGACUGGCCAUUGUCAGUUACCUAAAAACGGAGCGUGGGUUUGGACAAAUUGCAGUCCACGGUGAGUCGCUUGGUGGCCUUGUCGCCACGUAUGUGGCAUCCAUGUCACCUCACGUGAACGUGCUCAUCGCUGACCGCACCUUUGCCACCGUGCCGGCGCUUGCUCAGCGUAUGAUUGCAAGGUGGGCUGGAACUCUGGUCGACUGGGUCAUGCGCUGGGACACGGACAAUGUGCAGAAGUACUUGGACGCAACCUGUGCGAAACUGUUAUGUUCAGAUCCGUCAGAUGAGAUUAUACUGGAUGGAGCUUCGCUCAAGUCUGGCGUUGCGCUGCGCCUUGAGCUGAACGACAAGACGUUUGAUUUGCCUCGCCAGCCCAUACCUGGCGGAUCGCUCACUUCGCCGGUGCCGCCUGCGAACAUCAUGAGCAAAAUUGGUAUGUGUAGUCUCCGCAGUUCCCGCCCUGUGAGUGAAGCUGCGAGUCGUCCGCUGAUGGGACAGCCGUUGACCGACAGCAUGGUGAUUCGCUUUAGCGAAGCUGUCUUAUCUGUGGGCGGACGUGCGCUAGAAUGUGCUACCGGUCGCGGUAAUGAACAAGCUGGAGGGCAUAGAAGUGAUGCGCUCGAAGAAUCAGAAACGUCUGGCAACACGUCUGAUGCUGUGGUUGGCUUCAGUGAUGUAGCGAUUGUCGUGGACGAUGCUGAAGCUGCAAAGUCUGAAGAACAUGCCGCGAUCUCCGAGACGCAGCCAAUGCUUCCUGCAGACGAAGUUGAAGCACCUGUCCCAGUUGCGUCGACUGCCGGCUUCCCGGGCGAGCUUCUGCCGGUUAUUUGGAUGCAGCUCGCUCGUUUGGACGGAUACUGUGGUCAGGUUCUUCUCCAGGCUGCAGAGAACGGUGGACACGACAAGAUCCGUGCCUGGACCGCUUCGCUUCUGACAUGGGGCGGUCACGUGGCUCCUGAACGCAGAAAAGAGCGUACGUUGGAGCCUUUUGAACGAAAUGGAAUCCUGAUUGUGCCAAUCACGAUUGCCGAGGUACACGCCGUGCUGCAACAUCUUGCGGAGCAGCAUCCGUCUCUCAAGUAUGACUACGACAUUGGUUUUGUGAUGCUUAUGGUCGAGUACCUCAAUGACGCGUUGCAGCGAAGGUGGCGUCACUUGGAUACAUCGACAAGUGAGGAACGUGGUGUAGAAAGCGAGGCGGUGCAAAAUGACAAGAAAACUGAUACAAGGGCCGCUGCAGAGCAGAGAAAGACGAUCAUACCGUUGUUGAUCAACACGGAAGAUGCCAGGUUGGGUUGCCUCUUACCCCUGCAUUGCGGCCACAACAAGAACUUUCAAGACGCAGAAAAACAGGCGCUGGCUGGCUUUUUGCGGCAAGCAGGAUUCAUUGGACCUGUCACAUAG